CGGCAAAUGACGAUCCUAGGAGAACCUCGGGAAUGAGUUCUCCAUAUCCUUACUAGGGGCGGCGGCGAAGGGGGAGCUUCGCCGAAAUGCAUAUAAAAUUACCGCACGACCCAGAGAAAUGAUGGCUGGAGACUCCUUGUAGACGACCACAGACCUCGCAUCAUCUCACAAUGCAGUUGUAUAAACUCUUCGCUGUUCUGGCAGCCCUGCAGCCGGCUCUUGCUAAGAGCCUUGUGGACUUCUCUGCUGCUCGCGGCGAUAAUCCUUCUAUUCUCGGCGUCCGCAACCUGGAAUCGGUGCGCGGUUCUAAACAAAGCGAGAACAGCAAUGACCUCUACAUCAAAUUGGAUAAGGAUCCAAAGGGCACUCCUGCGUUGCAUUUCCACCGCAAGAAGGACUAUAUCCGUACCGAGUACCACUCACUAAAGGAUGAGAUUGAGGUCGAUAAGACCUAUUACAUUGGCUAUAAGUUCUCCCUGGGAGCCAUCCAGCAGAGUCUGAUGAUCUGGCAAUUCAAGGAAUAUUCUGCCAACAGCCACGGCGGUGCUAACAUUCCUCUCUCACUUGAAUUCAAGAGCGGUAAACUGAACUUCCAGUACCAAGCCUCCGGUGACGCGAAGCGCGAGUCCCAGUGGUCCAAGGAGCUGAAGACCGACACCGUCUACUCCAUUGGACUCGUGAUUAACACCUCCCGCCCCGGAUGGGUUGAGCUCUACUUCGAUGGCGAGCAGCAGACUUUCGGCUCCGGCAGCACCAGACUGAAGGCCAACACGUUCCCCGGCCAGGCGGACCCUAAGUUUGGUGCCUACCGUGGUGAGGAAGUCCAAAUCGACACCUAUGUCUACAACAUCCAGAUCGGAACCUCCAUUGAUGAUAUCAAGGAGGCUGCUGGACUGGGCUCGGCUCCUAAGCCUACCGCUACUUCUAACCCCACCCCUUCUCCUACUUGCGCCUGGGAGGGUCACUGCGAGGGUGCUUCCUGCACCACGGAGAAUGACUGCUCUGACGAACUCGUCUGCAAGAAUGGAAAGUGCACUGCUGAUGGAGCUGUACCCUGCUCCUGGGAGGGCCACUGCGAAGGCGCCUCCUGCUCCUCAGAGAAUGACUGCUCCGACGAGCUUGUCUGCAAGAACGGAAAGUGCACUGUCGACGGAGCCGUGACUUGCUCUUGGGAGGGUCACUGUGCCGGUGCCAAGUGCAGCACUCAUGAUGACUGCUCGGAUGAGCUUUCCUGCACCAAUGGUGUCUGUGCCUAAUCUCAGUAUAUUAGGAACCUGUGUGUUAGCCCCUCUCGGGGGUGAAU